AUGCACCUUAAAAUUAGAGACGACAAUUUAUUGAAACAAUUUUGGGAACUUGAGACAGAACCAAAUAACAUUUUCCAAAAGAAGCUUACGAAUGAAGAAAUCAAAUGUGAAAAUUUAUUUCAAUCAACUACCACGAGAGAUAACGAUGGGCGGUACGUUGUGAGACUGCCGUUCAAAAUAGAAAACCCUGAAUGUGAAGAAGGACAGUUUAGAGAGUUAGCUUUGAAAAGAUUUUAUUCUACUGAGAAAAGGUUACUAAAGAAUCCUAAACAUUAUGAAGAAUAUCAGAAAGUUAUGAAAGAAUAUCUUACACUAAAUCAUAUGAAGUUGAUAGAAAGUGAACAAGAAAUAGCAGAUCCUACAGCAGUUUACCUAUCACAUCACGCAGUAGUCAGGGAAGACAAGGACACGACGAAACUAAGAAUAGUUUUUGAUGCUUCCCAAAAGGGUGUAAAUAAUGUCUCAUUGAAUGACAGCCUAUUAAUAGGUCCAAAAUUACAACAAGACCUGAGACAUUUGUUGAUGAGGUGGCGUUGUGGAAAAAUUGCUAUAGUGGCUGAUAUAGUAAAAAUGUACCGUCAAGUCAGAGUACAUGACGAUGACACAAAAUAUCAACGUAUACUCUGGAGACCCGAUCCUAAUCAGCCAAUACAACAUUACAAGUUACUUACCCUGACUUUUGGAACUGCUUGUGCACCCUAUCUCGCAGUAAAGUGUUUACAACAAAUAGCUAAAGAUGAAGGUUAUAAAUAUCCGAUGGCUGCUGAAAGAGUAUUAAAAGAUUUUUACGUGGAUGAUCUGAUGACUACAUGUAAAUCUGAAAAAGAAUCUAAAUUGAUGUACAAUGAAAUGAACAAUCUACUACAUGGAUCAGGCUUUCAACUUCAGAAAUGGAGUAGUAAUAGUGAAAACUUUCUAAAAUACGCGAGUGAAGAAACAACUAGUUCUGAUCAAUCAAUAAAAAUCAAGGCUAACGAUACAUUAAAGGUUUUGGGCAUUACUUGGAACCGAACAGCAGAUGAUUUUGAAUUUGAAAUAAAUUUACAAAACACAAACGAUGAGAUUACUAAGAGAAGAAUUCUUUCAGAGAUAGCUAGAUUGUACGAUCCAAUGGGAUGGAUCGCACCUGUUAUAGUCAAGGCCAAAAUUUAUAUACAAAGGUUAUGGCAAGCAAAUUUAGAUUGGGAUGACACAUUACCUGAAAAUCUCUUAACUGACUGGUUAAACUUUAGGACAGAUUUAGUCAACCUCAAAAAUGUUAAAAUUCCUAGAUGGAUGAAGCUGACAGAUAAUUCACAUCGAGAGUUACAUGCGUUUGCUGAUGCAUCUAAAUCAGCUUAUGCAGCAGUUAUUUAUCUGAGAACAGUGGACAUAGAAGGUAAUGUUCAUGUGAGUUUGGUUACAGCCAAGACGAAGGUUGCACCAAUAGAGAAAGAGGUAUCUAUUCCGAGAUUAGAACUUUGCGGUGCACUUUUGGCUGCGAAGUUAUUAUACGAAGUAUCCCAAGUGUUAGACAUAAGUAUAAAUAACACAUUUGCUUGGACUGACUCGACUGUGGUGUUGGCAUGGCUACGAGCAAAAUCCGAUAUCCCUAAUGAAAUAGCCCAAAUACUUAGCAUAGAGGGAACAACAUGGCACUUCAUUCCACCACACUCGCCCAAUUUUGGUGGUAUCUGGGAAGCGGGAGUACGUUCUGCAAAGACGCAUUUGAAAAAGGUUAUAGGUGACAGCACACUCACCUUUGAGGAACUAUCCACAGUUUUGGCACAAGUUGAAGCGUGCUUAAACUCACGUCCAAUCACCCAACUCAGCGAUAGUCCUGAUGACCCUGUACCAUUAACUCCAGGCCACUUCCUAGUGGGUGAGCCAUUAAUUGCAAUACCCGAUCAAUACAAUACUGAUGAGAAAAUCUCUGGAAUAGAGAGAUGGAGACUAAUGCAAAAGAUGGUAAAUGACUUUUGGAAGAGAUGGUCCAAAGAAUAUUUAGUCACUUUAAGUCAAAGAUACAAAUGGACUACUGAAAGGAAUGAACCUGAAAUAGAUGACAUUGUAAUUGUUAAAGAAGAUAACAUCCCUCCGGCCAAAUGGGUUCUAGGAAAGAUCGUAGAGAAACAUACUGGCAAGGACAACAUAACUAGAGUAGUAACUAUUAAGUGUAAAAAUAAUUUUCUUAAAAGACCUGUCAGUAAACUAUGUUUCUUACCUAAAGCUUAG